UCUCCAAAACCAUCCAACAAGGGAAACCAAAUAUUAUUCCAUUUUUCUCUUUUUCCUUUCCCACAUUCAUUCCCCAUUUUUCAACCAUGCCUGCUUCAUCUUCAACUCAUUUCUCCCCCACUUUCCUCACACUAUGCUUCUUCCAAUUCCUAGCAGGUUCCUAUUCAACGACAUUUACAAUAGUGAACAAGUGUAGCUACACAGUUUGGCCCGGCAUUCUAUCCGGCGCCGGGACCUCGCCGCUCUCCACCACCGGCUUCGCUCUUCAGCCCGGCGAGUCCAACGUCGUGGCCGUGCCGCCAGCCUGGUCCGGCCGCCUCUGGGGGCGGACGUUCUGCUCGCAGGACGCAACCGGAAAAUUCACUUGCGUCACCGGAGACUGCGGCUCCUCCGCCAUAGAAUGCAACGGCAGAGGAGCUGCCCCGCCGGCCACGCUUGCGGAGUUCACUCUGAACGGCGCCGGAGGGCUUGAUUUCUUCGACGUGAGCCUGGUGGACGGGUACAACCUCCCGAUGGUGGUGGAGCCGCAGGGCGGAAGCGGCGGCGGAAACUGCAGCGCGACGGGGUGCGUGGUGGACCUGAACACGCCGUGUCCGACGGAGCUAAAGGUGAUGAGCAGCGGAGAGGGCGUGGCGUGCAAAAGCGCGUGCGAGGCUUUCGAUGAUCCACAAUAUUGCUGCAGUGGCGCUUACGCGACGCCUGACACAUGCAAACCCAGCUCCUACUCGCAGUUCUUCAAGAGCGCCUGUCCACGCGCUUAUAGUUACGCCUACGACGAUGGCUCCAGCACCUUCACUUGCGCCUCUGCUGAUUACACCAUCACCUUCUGUCCCGCACCCUCCACAAGUUCGAUUAAAUCGGGGAACGAGAAAUAUCCAACGGCGGUGGAGACUUCGGGUGGUAACGUGGACGUGAGAGCGAACAAUGUUAUGGCGGUGAUUGUUGGUGUUUUGGUGGCAUUUGUGGCAACUCAAUUAGGUGCUAGUUCACUGCCAAUGUCGCAUUAAAUGGGUGGUGAAUUGGGUGGGCUAUGAUUAUGUAUUUUUUAUAUUAAAUAUACUGCGCAUGAUGCCAUGGCCACUUGCAUCCUAUGCUGAGGAAUCAAGUUUGGCAACUUGUGAUUGAAGAGAUGCAAUGAGCACUUGUGCAAAGUUUGCCUCUUCUCAAGUUGUACUACAACUCAACAUUAAUUGGUCAUGUCUUCACUGAGCACUUAGGAAGCUUCAGAAGCAGAGACAGAAUUAGGCAGGUAGCAUUAUACAUCAGAUCACGACUCUCGCGCCAUUCAUGUGUUAGAUUAGUCCUCUAUCUUCAGAGACACAAGAAGGAGGGCAUUUUGGGAAGAGUUUGACAUUUUAUGAAUAAAAUAUCAAUACAUUGAAUUUUCUCCAAUUGUAAAUAUCAACAUCAGGUUUAUUGAGGAGAAUAAGGAGUAUAGCAAUUUUGAUUUGUCAGUGUGUUAUUUUCUCGCAACUGCCGCCUCAUGGCGCCAGAUAGAUCUUUGUGCGGUUACCUACUUUUCAAUUGUUAAUUUUCAUUUUUUGAGAUUUUCAAUUGGAAAUUGACUAAUUUAGAAUUCAGAUAUCUUCAACA